AUGGCCAACUCUAGUGCUGGUGAUGCCAGCAUUAGUCAACUUGAUCUUAAUCAGAUCAGUAUUUCUGAUGCAUCUGGGCCUGCAGUUUCCCCAGAUGCAUCGGAAAUGGCAUCACUCCACCCCCUGGAGUUGAUGAUGAUUCAGCUGGAACAGCAGUUGCGCCAGCUGUGUGCAGACUGGGUGAAAGAUCACACCUUAUGGAAGGCGGAUAGAGCUGCCUUUGCUGCCAGAUGUGCAUCCCAAAAUGCACCAGUUCCUCUGGAGCUGCCCCAGCCCCCACCCGUUCCCCCCUGCUCCAAGGGGAUGGAGAUGGUUGAUCCAACCAUCUCUCAACCGGUUUUAGACCAGGUUGAAAACAGUCCAGCACCUGUGGACUGCGAUCUCGCUGAAGCAUGCAGCGCUUCAAUGAGUCCUGAGCCUUCACAGGCUCUUCUUUCUACCAUCACCCACAGGUCUGGAACCGUCCCAGACCCGAUCCAAUCCCCUCCCUCACCCCUUGAACACCCACUCCCAGUGUUCGUGGGUCCGCUAAGGACUCCAACUUUGACUCCACGCUUGCCAAUCUGGCAAGCAUACACUGUGGGAAAUAUUUCUCAGUAA